UGAUCAAACUCCAACUAAAGUCUUCAGGAACUGAAAUCUUUAUAAAGACAUAGAAGAAGACUGGCUCUAAAAUGAGUCUCUAUGAGGAGAGAGAGGAGGAGGAUGUUGAUCACUAUCAGAACCAGAGAGCAGCACCUCCAGAGCCCAGCUGUGUGAGUGAUGCAUCCAUGGGACAACCCAUUUAUUUCAGUAAAGGAACAGGGACCUUCAACCUCAGUAUCAAUGGAAGAAAUAGAAAAAGAACAGCAUGUCCAGAGCCCAUAUAUCAGCCUCCUGAUCUAAGUGAUGGACCAAUGACCUUUAAACCCAGUAUCACUAGAAAAAAGAGAAAAAGAGCAGCAUCUCCAGAGCCCAGCUGUGUGUCUUUGGAGAGUGACAGAUCAAUAAAUCAGCCUCCAAAUCUAAUUGAAGGAUCAGUGACCUUGAAACCCUGUGUGGAUAGAGAUGAUCAGACUGGAGACCUGCAGAAGGAAUCUCACCAAUCAGUAGACGUUGAACUACAGAGAGUCAAAAACCAACACAAAACUAGCAUGAAGAACAAGUAUGAGAGAUUAUGUGAGGGAGUCAAACUACAAGAGAAUCAAACCUUCCUGAACACGAUCUACACACAGCUCUACAUUAUAGAGGGAGAGAGUGAAGGAGUGAAUGAAGAACAUGAGAUUUUACAGAUGGACAAAAAAGCCAGAACACAAUGCUCACAAGACACUCCAAUCUACUGCAAUGACAUCUUUAAAGCCUCACCUGAACCAGGAUGUAAGGAGAAAGACCGAAUCAAGACUGUUCUUACUAAAGGCAUUGCUGGAAUUGGAAAAACCGUCUCUGUGCAGAAGUUCAUUCUGGACUGGGCCGAGGGAAAAGCCAAUCAGGAUGUAGAUUUCAUGUUUGUGCUUCCAUUUCGAGAGCUGAACUUGAUUAAAGAUCAUCAGUACAAUCAUCAGUACAGUCUUCACAGACUUCUGCUGGACUUUCAUCCUGAACUUCAAGAUCUGGACUCACAGAUUUAUGAGGAGUGUAAAGUUGUGUUCAUCUUUGAUGGUCUGGAUGAAAGCAGAAUCACACUGAUGUUUUCAGACGCUCAGAAAGUUUGUGAUGUGACUGAGACUUCAUCAGUGGCUGUGUUGAUGUCAAAGCUCAUGAAAGGAGAGCUGCUUCCCUCUGCUCUCAUCUGGAUCACCUCCAGACCAGCAGCAGCCAAUCAGAUCCCCUCCAAAUACAUCAACCGUCUGACAGAAAUUCAGGGAUUCAAUGAGCCUCAGAAGGAGGAAUAUUUCAGGAAGAGAAUCAGUGACCAGCAUCAAGCCAGCAGAAUCAUCUCACACAUCAGAAGAGCAAGAAGCCUCCACAUCAUGUGCCACAUCCCCGUCUUCUGCUGGAUCUCAUCCACUGUGCUUCAAAAGCUCCUAAAAGAAGAUCUGAGUGCAGAAAUCCCUCAAACUCUGACUGAAAUGUACAUCCAUUUUCUACUAACUCAGAUAAACAUGAGGAAUCAGAAAUAUGAGAAGAGACAUCCAGGAAAACCCCUGCAGUCCAACAGAGAAGUGAUUGUGAAACUUGCUGAACUGGCUUUCAAACAGCUGAUGAAGGGCAAUGUGAUGUUCUAUGAAGAGGACCUGAGAGAGAGCGGCAUAGAUGUCACUGAUGCCUCAGUAUAUUCUGGGAUUUGCACUGAGAUCUUUAAAGAGGAAUCUGUGUUCCAUCAGAGGAAAGUCUACUGUUUCAUACAUCUGAGCUUUCAGGAGUUUCUGGCUGCUUUCUAUGUUUUUUACUCCCAUCUGUUAAAGAACAUGGAGCCACUGAAGUUGUUUCUGAAUGAUAAACAUGAGACAUACACAUCUGAAAAAAGCCCUUUGUGUGAGCUGCUAGUAUCAGCAGUUAAAAAAACUCUUCAGAGUAAAAAUGGACACCUAGAUCUUUUUCUGCGGUUCCUGUUGGGGGUCUCACUGGAGUCCAAUCAGAGAGUCUUACAGGCUCUUUUGACAUGCACAGAGAAUAGCUCAGAAACAAUCAGAAAAAUAAAAAAACACAUUAAACACAUAAUCAAGGGAAAUAAACGUCUCUCAGCUGAAAAAUCUAUCAAUAUGUUCCUCUGUCUGCUGGAAGUUAAAGAUCAGAAUCUUUACAGAGAGAUUCAGCAUUUUGUGAAAUCAGACAAACACUCGGAGAAGAAACUCACUCCUAAUCACUGUUCAGCAAUCGCAUAUAUGCUUCAGAUGUCAGAGGAGGUGCUGGAUGAGUUUGAUCUCAUGAAAUAUAAUACAUCAUCUGAGGGAAGACGGAGACUGUUACCAGCUGUGAGAAACUGCAGAAAGGCUCUAUUGGUCAGCUGUAAUCUCACUGGUCAGUGCUGUGAAAGUUUGUCUUCAACUCUACAAUCAUCAAAAGCCCAUCUGAGAGAGCUGGACCUGAGUAACAAUGACUUGCUGGAUUCAGGAGUGAAGCUGCUGUCUGCUGGACUGACAAGUUCAAACUGUCAGCUGAACAUACUGAGAUUAUCAGGCUGUAUGGUGACAGAGAAAGGCUGUCGUUAUGUGUCUUCAGCUCUGAGUUCAAACCCCUCACACUUGAGAGAGCUGGAUCUGAGCUACAAUCGCCCAGGAGAUUCAGGAGUCAAACUGCUCUCUGAAAAACUGGAGGAUCCACACUGCACACUGGACAAACUCAAUGUGGAUCAUGGAGGAGAGUUCAGGAUUACAGCAGGUCUACACAAAUAUGCCUGUUUUCUCACACUGGAUCCAAACACAGCAAACACUUGUCUCAUUCUGUCUGAGGGGAACAGAAAGGUGACACGUGUGGAUGAGGAACAGUCAUUUCUCGAUCAUCCAGAAAGAUUUGAUAUAUGCCAUCAGGUUCUUUCUAGAGAGAGUCUGUCUGGACGCUCUUACUGGGAGGCUGAAUGGAGGGGACAUUCUGUUAUAUCAGUGACAUAUAAAGGAAUCAGCAGGAAAGGACAGAGUCAUGACUGUUGGUUUGGACGAAAUAAAAACUCCUGGAGUCUGAUCUGCUCUGAUAAUAGAUUCAUUGCCCGUCACAAUAAUAAUUCAACUGACAUACAUGUCCCCUUACGUUCCUCUAAGAUAGUCGGCGUAUAUUUGGACAGGUUGGCUGGCAGUUUGUCUUUCUACAGCGUCUCUAACACACACACACUCACGCAUUUACACACAUUCACCUCCACAUUCACUGAAUCUCUGUAUGCUGGAUUUGGGGUUUAUGGUUUCUCAGUGUGUUUGCGUAAGAUUGAAAAGCCUGUGACCAACAACCGAGGCGUCACAUACACAUGUAAAUGAAAAACUCUCACGUGUCUGCGGGAGGUGCUAGAACAAACCUCAUUGGUUCUCGUGUGCCACGCACAGACACAAACACUUCCGUGUUUUAAUCAAUGUUUAU